AUGGAUCUAAAGGCAAUAGUGAGUGAGACUGACCUGAUCUUCUUCAGUCUCCUGCUUCUAAUACCACUCUUCUAUCUUUACUUCAAGCACAUAUUAUCUAAAAAUCCUCCACUCCCACCAGGUCCAUUUGCGUGGCCUAUUGUAGGGAACUUUUUCCAAAUGGGAAGGCAGCUCCAUUCCAUACUAGCCAACUUAGCUAAAGUCCAUGGUCCUCUCAUGUGUCUAAGGCUUGGCACCCAAAUUAGCAUCAUUGCAUCAUCGCCAGAAGCAGCAAGAGAAGUUCUUAGGACCCAUGACAGAGAAUUGUCAGGCAGGUUCAUAGCAAACGCUAUUCCACUCAUAAACCCAAAACCCAACAACUUCUCACUUGCAGCAGCCCCUGAGUGCAACGAUUAUUGGAGGUCCCUAAGGGCUAUUUGUAAAGCUGACCUUUUUUCAGCCAAAGUAUUGGAAUCACAAAAUCAUAUAAGAGAGAAGAAGGUGAGGGAGUUGGUAGAUUUCUUGGGUUCUAAGGAAGGUGAGGUAGUGAAUCUUGGAGAGGCGAUCUGUGUUACUUAUACUAAUAUCUUGACUAAUGCAAUAUUUUCAGUGGACUUCAUGGACUUUGAGGGUAAAGACUUACUUAUUGCUGGCACUGAUUCUAGUAGCAUGGUAACUGAAUGGGCAAUGGCAGAAUUGAUGAGAAACCAAGAUGUCAUGCAUAAACUUCGUGAAGAAAUUGAAAGUGAAAUUGGCACAAAUAUUGUGAAAGAAUCCCAUUUAAGUCACCUUCCUUACCUAGAAGCUUGUGUCAAAGAGACAUUGAGAUUAUACCCUCCAGGACCACUACUCAUUCUUCAUCGUGCCUUACAAACAUGCCAAGUAAUGGGCUAUACAAUUCCUAAAGACUCCUUUAUUUCAGUUAACAUUUGGGCAAUAGGUCGAGAUCCUAUGGUUUUUAAUGAUCCAUUGAGCUUCAAACCCGAGCGGUUUCUUGAUUCAUCUUUGGAUUUUAAGGGAACUAAUUUUGACUAUACGCCUUUUGGAGCAGGAAGGAGAGGUUGCCCUGGACAACCUUUGGCUACUAGGCAAGUCCCACUUAUGUUGGCAUCAUUGGUCCACUCAUUCGACUGGUUUCUUCCAGGCAGUAUGAAAUCAACUGAGCUAGACAUGAAUGAUCAUUUUGCCAUAACACUGAAGAAGAAGCAGCCUCUGCAGCUUAUUCCUAAAAGAAGAAAAUAG